AUGAGCUCAGAGUGGCAGGAGUUGCAGUCUCUGGACGGCCAGACCUACUACUACAACCCCUCCUCUGGCGAGACCACCUGGGAGAAGCCCGACUUGCUCAAGACCCAGGAGGAGAAGGAGCUCACCACCGGCAAUUGGAAAUGGAUACCCCACGACGUCGAGGGCUAUGUGGUGGGCCAGACCGUGCGCGAGUACCAUGACGGCACCAUCUUCGUCAAAACCAUGGCCGGCGAGGAGUAUGAGACCAAGGUGCCCGAUAUCGACGCGCUGACGCGAGUCAAUCUGGUCGAGCUCAAGAAGCUCACCGACGAUCUCGUCAAGCUGGAGACCGUCAACGAUCCCUUCAUCAAUCACAACCUGCGCGAGAGGUGCAAGAUCGACAACAUCUACACGUGGGUCGGAGAUAUCUUGAUUUCGAUCAACCCCUACCGAACGCUGCCCAUCUACACGGCCAGCAUCAUGGACCGGUACCACCACGAGGACAACACCCGACUGCCGCCGCACGUCUUCGCCAUCGCGAACGAUUGCUACAAGGCCCUGUAUGAUACUAAAAUGAACCAGUCGGUGAUUAUCAGCGGAGAGAGCGGUGCCGGUAAGACGGAGGCCACCAAGCUCAUCCUGCAGUACCUGGCCGAGGUGGCCGGCAGCGUGGACGGAGUGGAGCAGCAGGUGCUGCUGGCCAACCCCAUUUUGGAGGCCUUCGGCAAUGCCAAGACCCUCCGCAACGACAACAGCUCGCGCUUCGGCAAGUGGAUGGAAAUCCACUUCGACAACGAGAUGAAGAUUGCCGGAUGUAAGAUUGUCAGCUAUCUCCUGGAGAAGUCGCGGGUGGCGUCGCAGGCCAAGAACGAGAGGAACUUCCACAUCUUCUACCAGCUGCUGGCCGGUGCCGACGAGAAGCUGAAGGAGGAGCUCUACCUCGACCGGCCCGAGAACUUCCUCUACCUCAACACCACUGGCUGCAUUCAACUCCCUGGCACCGACGACGCCUCCAACUUCCAAGAGACCAUCGAAGCGAUGAAGCAGCUCAACUUCUCCGAUGCUGAGAAGAAUCAACUGCUGCGCGUGGUGGCCGCUAUUCUGCAGCUGGGCAACAUCGUGUUUGGUCCCAACCGCGACGGCUCCGGUUCUGUCGUCACCAACCAGGACGUUCUCGAGUGUGCGGGCUAUCUGCUGAGCGUCCCAGCGGAUCUGCUCAAGGAGUCCCUGACGGCGCGCCAGUUCCAGAGCGCGGGCCGCGCCAGCGCCUAUUCGGUCCCGCUCACCGUCCAGCAGGCCAAGGACAACAGGGACGCCCUGUGCCAGACCAUGUACGGCUCCAUGUUCAACUGGAUCGUGGCCAAGGUCAACCAGACCCUCUCCGCCCCGCUCGCCGGCAAGAAGACCACCGUCAUCGGCGUCCUCGACAUCUUUGGCUUCGAAAUCUUCGAGAAAAACAGCUUUGAGCAGCUGUGCAUCAACUUUGCCAACGAGAAGCUGCAGCAGCACUUCAACGCGCACACCUUCAAGAAGGAGGAAGAGGUCUACCGCAGCGAGGCCAUUCAGUUCACUCACGUCGAAUUCAUCGACAACCAGGUGGUGCUGGACCUCAUCGAGAAGAAGCCGAACGGCCUCUUCACGAUGCUCGACGAGGAGAUCAUCGUGCCCAAGGGCACCGAUCAGACCUUCCUCAAGAAGAUCAACGAGGAGCACGGGCGCAACAAGAACGAGCGCUUCAAGCAGAUCCUCACCUCGCCCACCAAGUUCGGCAUCCACCACUACGCCGGCGCCGUCGAGUACGAGGUGGACAACUUCCUCGACAAGAACAAGGACACCCUCCACGCCACGAUCGUCGAGCUCAUGUCGCUCAGCGAGGUGCCGUUCAUUGCGAGCCUCUUUGCGCCCACCGCGUCGGGUCCCUCUCCCGCCGCCGGAGCUCCUGCCGGCCGCGGCAGGGGCCGAGGCGCAGCUCCUCCGCCGGUGCCCUCGCGUGGUGGUCCGGGAGGCGCCGCCGGUGGCGGCAGCGGCCAGUCGCGCAAGGGACCAGUUGGGCGCGUUGAUGGACACCCUAACGCCACCAGCCCGCACUACAUUCGCUGCAUCAAGCCCAACGAUCACAAGCAGCCCGCGGCCGAGUCCUUCACCGGAGCCAACGUGCUGCGUCAGCUGCGCUACGCCGGCGUGUUCGAGGCCGUCACGAUCAGGCGCACGGGUUUCCCGUACCGCAUGAAGCACAGCGACUUCUUCAAGAGGUACAAGGCGGUGAUGAUGCACCAAGGCCUCCCCAUUCCGCCCACCAAGAGCGACGCCGACUGGAAGACCGCGUGCGGGUUGGCGCUCAAGGCCGUGGAGAAGGCCGGCAAGACAAUGGCCGGCGUCCAGAUCGGUAAAACGAUGGUCCUCUAUAAAGCCGUCCAGCACAAGGAGAUGGAGUUGAUCAGGAACGUGGCGCUGGAGAAGGCGAUCCUCACCGUGCAGCGCUUCACCAGGGGCUGGCAUGGCCGCGUCUACGCUCGGCGUCUGCGGGAGGUGCGUAAGAGGCUGAGGGACGCCAUUGCGAGCCGCAACCUCGACCGACUGAACGAGGCCAUCCGCCACCACGACGCCGAAGCCGACUUUGAGAUCCUGCCCUACUAUGGCCAGGCCGUGGAGCUGCGCAACAUUGUGGUUGAAGAAGUGCGCGUGGCUGGCCUUCUGCGCGCGGCCCUGCAGGCGUGCGGCAACAAUUACCAUCCGUCUCCCGCGGCGGUUGCCUCGCUCGACGAAGCCGUCUCGGCCGCCCGCAAGAUCGACUUCCAGAGCCCCGAGGCCACGCAAGCGUAUCAGCUCCACAAGGAGGUGUUCGACCGAAUCAACACCAAGAAGGAGCUGGAGCGCGGCACGCUGGAGAGCGACUAUAAGGCGCUCGACCACUCCCUCGCCGAGGCCCAGCGCCUGGGCUUCAACAUGAGUGAUUCGCUGGUGACCAAGGCGCGCGAAGAGCACCAGCGCAUUCAGGAGGAGAAGAAGCAUCUGGCCGUGUUGCGUGCCGCCUUGUCGCUUCCCGACGAAGACCAGGUGGCCGAUCUCAGCUACAAUUCCUCGCAGCUCAACCCCAAGAUCAAGAUCCACUCCGACGUGGGUUCGAUGGGACUGGUGACCAAGCAGCCCGGAGCGGACGAGGAUCUGGCCAACGCGCUCCGACAGGCGCAGUCGUUCGGGUGCAAGACCGCCGACGGUCGUCGCCUGCUGGUGUCCGCCCAAGUGGUCACUCAGCUGCGCCAGGCCAUCGCGCGCGAUGACUGGGACGGCGUCGAGAAGGUCCUGUUGGCCAACAAGAUGGGCGACUCCGAGGAGCUCAUCAAAACGGUGGAGAUGUCUGCGGCCCACGAUCAGCUCGUGUUGCGGGCCAAGAAGGCCGAAGUCGAGGAAGCGCUCAAUGCCGCCGCUCACGCCUUCGACCACCACGGCCUGCAGCUCGCGCUCGACAAGGCGAACAGCUUGAAGAUGGAGGUGGCCUACUACCAGAAGCUGCACGACGACAUCGUGGCCACGCAGCAGGCCAUCGCGGACGGACUCUACCAGGUCGACGAGCAGCUGCUCAACUACGCCAUCGACCUGGGCGACGCCAUCAACUACAAGCUCGACGACUACUACCAGGCCGUGGACCUGCGCGACCGUCUGCACGCGGUCCAGCAGGAGACGCUGCAUCAGCUCGACGUCAUGCCCGACGUAGGUCUCCAUACGCCCGAGUUCAACGAGCUGUGCAACUACGCCGACCUGGAGAAGGAGGCCCUCGCCAAGGCCCAGCUCAAGUCGGCCAUCAGGCGGAAGGACAACGACCGCGUCAUCCAACUCAACAUCCGGCUCAAGGAGAUCUUCUUCACCAUGUUCGGCAACUCGUUCGUGCUGUCCCAGUGGCAGAAGGUCAAAACGCCCAACGAGUUCUCCAAGGGCAAGCUCUUCGGCAAGGAGAAGGUCCGCACCUCCAUGUUCGUAUGGAGCAAGCAAGCGAUUCACACGUCGAUGACCAAGAUUGACGUCCUGCUCAGCAAGCCCGCAGUCCUGUGCUUCAAGAACAUCCUGGGCUACAUGGGUGACAAGGUCAUGCAGUACCCGUCCAUGCUGGGUCGCGAGAUCGUCGAGAAGGCGAUCCAAGAGCCCGAGCUCCGCGACGAAGUCUACGUGCAGCUCAUCAAGCAGACCACCAGCAACCCCAACCCGGAGAGCGAAGCCAAGGGCUGGAAGCUGUUCGACCUGUGCCUGUCGUCGUUCCCGCCGUCGCCCGAAUUCGAGAACUACCUCGAAAUCCACCUCCGAAACCUCAACCCCUCGCCCACCAACCCCUACCGCGAGAAGCUGCACAAGAUCGUCUACAGUGGUGCUGUAAGCGUUCCUCCCGCCGCGCAGGCCUUCGAGUGA